CAAGGGGAAAAAGGGAGAGAACGACGCCAAGUCUGGCGGAAAUGACGCACGAGGCAUAGCGGAAGUACGAGCCGCCCUAGCUACAGCGCCAUGGUGGAUUACAGCGUGUGGGAUCACAUCGAGGUGUCCGACGAUGAGGACGAGACUCACCCCAAUAUCGACACGCCUAGCCUCUUCCGAUGGCGGCACCAGGCCCGGAUAGAACGGAUGGAACAGUUCCAUAAGGAAAAAGAGGAUGUGGACAAAGGAUACAGGGAGUGCAAGAGGAAGUUCAACGAAUGUCAGAGGAAGAUGAAAGAACUUGAAUUGGCCAGCACAGAGAGUUCAAAAAGUGAGCUGCAACGGCUGCAGACAGAGGCUCAGCAACUCAAAAAAGAGGAAAAGAGCUGGGAAGAGAAAGUGAAUAAUCUCAGGAAGAAGGAAAAGACUAUGCCAUGGAAUGUGGACACUCUCAGCAAAGAUGGUUUCAGUAAGAGUGUUUUCAAUGUCAAGCCUGAGCAGCAGGAUGAGUCCGAAGAACAGAAAGAGAAGAAGCACAAAACAUUUGUGGAGAAAUAUGAGAAGCAAAUCAAACAUUUUGGAAUGCUGCGGCGCUGGGAUGACAGCCAGAAAUAUCUAUCUGAUAACCCCCAUCUUGUGUGUGAGGAGACAGCCAAUUACUUAGUCAUCUGGUGUAUUGAUCUGGAAGUGGAAGAGAAGCAUGCCCUGAUGGAGCAGGUAGCUCACCAGACUAUAGUGAUGCAGUUUAUUCUGGAGCUGGCCAAGAGCCUGAAAGUUGAUCCUAGAGCUUGUUUCAGGCAAUUCUUCAGUAAAAUCAAGACUGCUGACCAACAAUACAUGGAAGGGUUUAAUGAUGAGCUAGAAUCAUUCAAAGAGAGAGUGCGAGGCCGGGCUAAGGCACGCAUUGAAAAAGCCAUGAAAGAAUAUGAGGAAGAAGAGCGCCAGAAACGCCUGGGGCCGGGUGGCCUUGAUCCAGUGGAAGUUUAUGAGACACUCCCAGUUGAACUUCAGAAAUGCUUUGAUGUGAAAGAUGUGCAGAUGCUUCAGGAUGCUAUUAAGAAAAUGGAACCUGCUGAAGCGAAAUACCACAUGCAGCGAUGCAUUGAUUCUGGCCUGUGGGUGCCAAAUGCACGAGGGGCAGAAGGAGGAGAGAAUGGUGACAAACCUGAAGGCGUCUAUGAAGAGUGUACGAAGGAGAGCUGUGAGGAAGACAAAGGAAACCCCUGAAGCUUUGGCCAGAUUAUCUGUAAAGCAGAUACCCCCUGCCAACCUUUGUUAGUUCCUUCUUUCCUACCAAACUAUUCAGCAAUGAUGUGCUUUACACACUUAGACACUUCCUAAGUUGUAUGAGCAGCCUCUUGACUGGAGUUUUUGUUCACCAUCUCCAAACACCCCCUUCCCCGAAACCUUUCAGCAUUGCUACUGGUUGAAACAAGCAUUUUAGGGAACACAGUGCAAUUUCACAAGAGGUUGGCAUGGCAGGUUGGCCUUCUGUCUUGUCAGGGGCAUGCCAAUUGGUGUGAUAGUUACAAAUGUGCUGUUCUAUCUUGUCUUUUUGUUUGGCAACCAGUUAUGGCUUUUGAGCAAAUAAAAUAGCUUAAACUGGAAUGGAGUCAAUAGGUGCCAGCUGUUUUUUCACUUGAGAUCCAAAUUAUUCAUUUUCUGUCUCCUUUUGGAAUUGGCUUCUUGAAAAAGGGCAGGGUGCAUAGUCGGGUAGUAGAGAACACGAGAUGCAGGUGUAAAGUCUCAAUUGUUUCCCUUAAUGUCUCAGGUUAAACUAUCUUACGUAAGAGAGAUGAAAAAAAGAUGUUUCUAAAACAAUGAAAGCAAUCGAGUUCUGCCUACUCCUCCAAUUUAGCGUUAAUAUUUAUACCGGAAGACCAACAAAUUCCUGUUCAAUGUUAUACACUGGAAUAAACUUUGGUUUUGUAAUGUGUCUUGGGAAGAUUAUAGCUCAGUAGUACCUGUUUGGGAUCCACGAUUCAGCCCCUGACAUCUUCAGAUAGAACUGGAAAAAUAUGUGCCUGAAAAGUUAGAGAACUAUUUGCCAGUCAGUCUUGAUCAUACUGGGCUAGAUGGAAAAAUGGGUAUGACUCUAUUAAAAUACGUCUUUUAAUAUUCUACAAAAACAGUCUGUAGUAUUUUAAUGCACCCUGUGGUCUGUUUCCAUUACAGUGCUUGUAAGUAAGAUGAUUGGCCCGUUAUAAUAGGUGCAAACAAUUAAAUAGUUCUUUUUUGGAAACUAAAGCAGAUUGUAAACUGCCUUGAAUAUUUCAGGGGAAGGUGAGGAAAUGAAUUUAAAUAAAUUUGUUCUUGUUAGACUUGCUAGGUCAUUUAAAGUGUAAUAAUAUUUAUGCUUCUCAAGCA